AACUCGCGGUACCAGACGUAUCAGAGAAUGUGGAAUUACAUGUAUUCUAAGCAGCCGAGCGUCUUUGUUAAAAGCACGGAAGAAGGCAUCGCCCGCGUGCUCAACUCCAACUAUGCUUUCCUGCUGGAGUCCACCAUGAACGAGUAUUACCGCCAGCGCAAUUGCAACCUCACCCAGGUCGGGGGCCUUCUGGACACCAAGGGCUACGGGAUUGGCAUGCCAGUCGGUUCUCUUUUCCGUGAUGAGUUUGACAUGGCCAUUCUCCAGCUGCAGGAGACCAACCGUCUGGAAAUCCUGAAGCGGAAAUGGUGGGAGGGCGGACAGUGUCCAAAAGAAGAAGAUCACCGAGCCAAGG